AUGUCAACGAGGGCUGCACCUCCUCAGGGUGAGCCGGGACGGCUCAAGGUUGAGACCGGCCGGCCCCAACUGCAGCACAGCAGCUCCGCCGCUUCGGCUGCUGCAUCCCACCCCCCGCCCGGCUUCGGCACCCGGUCACAGCCGUGCCAGCACCUGGAGGGACGAGAGCUGUCCCCGUCUCUGUGUGCCCGCACCCCGCCUCUCCUCUCUGCCCUUCCCGGCUCGGCACGGCCCGCCCGCCCCGGCGCCGAUACCUCGCUCGGCGACAGGCGCUGUGCUGCGACGGGCCGGGCUGGGGCAGGUGCCGGCUGCUGCGGCUCCUCUCCUCUCCCACGGGCUGCGGCCGGCGCCCGUGUGCCCGGGGGUUGCGGGAAGUUGCGGCAUUUCCGGACCAUCCCACCGACACGGUCCCUCCUUCCUCCUCCCCUCGUUGCGGGCGCCGUACUCUCUCCCUCCCCCUGCCUCCGGCUCCCCCGCCCCUUUCCUGCACCGCCCUCGCCCCUCGGUCUCGGUGCUCGCCUGCCCGGCGCUCCCCAAGCUCCGCGGAGGGUCCUGGAACGAGUUGGAGAGGCAAGGAAGAAGACAGGGAGGGAGCAGACUCCUCUCCUCCCUCUUUCUUCGCCUCGAAUUGACUGUGACCGGAGAAGAAUCGCCGGCUGCUCGGGGAGGUGGGACAGCAACCUCCAAAGUAACCUAUAUGGAUCUAAAAGGAAGGAGGGGGCUAGGGUGCAAUGCUGCCGGCAGUGCUGUGAGCCCGGGGAUGGGGAGCGGCGACGCCUCCUGGGGAAGGCUGGCACGGCCCGUGGGCGACGUCGUCUGAAGGUCGGGAAGGACGCCGGGGCCGCACCUGGCACCGCGCGGAAAGGCAUGCAGAUCCAGCAGGCAUGGCAGGAAAGUCAGUCCCUCCCGGAGCAGCGAUGCCGACCAUCGGGGCUCCGCAGUCUGCAGAGUUUUCAGAUGCUAGCUGCAGAUGCAGAUGUGUGUUUCUAUACUCGGAGCAGUGUCUACCACCUGGGUCUGCCUCCGUGCCCCGUGCCUGUCAGUGUUUCAAAGGCAUUUGGAUAAUGACCUUUAUAGCAUGUUUUAAAUUUCUGUCAUCCUGAAAUGAUCAGACAAUUGGACUAGAUUGUCUUUUUAGGUCCCUUCUCCUGAACUGUUCAGUUCUAUCCUACAGACUCCCAGAAAACCACUUUUGCAGACGACACUAGUGUUAGUCCAAGAAACUCACCUGGGUAAGCGUGUGCUGCACUUUUACUAACAAAUUUCAGAAAGGAAAAAUAAUACCAACAGGGGUGUAAAACCCUCUUGUUUUAAACCUUAACGUACUCCCAGAAAUUACCAUUCAUGAUGCAGAAUUUUUUGAUGCUUUUUCAUACAUAACAUAGGAAUGUGUCAGCAUAGAUUGCUGUGCUCAGGAAAUGAACCUAGGAGCCUGCUGAAGCUGUGUGCCUGGGUUUCUGUGCUAUUAACACAUUAUUUUCAGAUCUAUGUUACCUCCCUAAGUGCCUGUAUGAUUUUGAGCAGGGUUUAAGCUUGGGUCUGUCAUACCACACCUCAGAUUCCUUUUUCAUCAUAUGAUUGCCCUUAGAGAGAAGGACAGUGCCCUACCCCACACUACUAAACCUCCAUAUGAACACCUUGCUCUUAUAUCCUGGCAUCUGGGAAGGAAAAAUUCAAAUACUCUCAAACAAAAAGAUCAGAAAAGGGUGAGUAAUAGUUAGAACACCCAACUGCCUAAAAUCAGCUUUCUUCUUCCUAUUUUGGGAAUCCUGGACCAUGCUACACCAAGGAACUCCCGUAGCAGCCAAGGGUCAGCAUAGCCAAGCGGGGUUGCUGAGAAAUGUUUUUGUUCCUGUUCAUAGGCUCCUUACAAGCUGUGUAAUAGCAAAUGUCCUCCCUUUGGUGCAGAGAAGAGUGAUAUCAUCCACAGGGACUUCAGAAGCUAGACAAAACAAUAGGGACAUCCAGAAGUCUCUGAGAGAUCCUUGAGCUUCUUCUUGGCCUGUUUAGAGCUGAUGAUCUGUUUCCAGAGUUAGCUGACUCUCCAAGGGUCAUGUAUCCGUAGUUCUGCUUCCAAAUUGCAUCCACUUUUUCCAGAUUACACACCUGACACAGAAAAUCAUGACACAUGAGACAGUGAAACAUUGCUCUUAGUGCCAACUACCUUACAGUUGCCUCCUCUUCAGGAGAACAAGGCACAUCAUUAUCAAAUCACAAACUCCACUGUGACACUUCUAGUCCAGCACCUCUACCCUGUCUCAAGCACCAGCUUCCAAAUAACUCCUACAGGAUGUACUUUCCAGAUGAAAAACCAAUUGCUUGUGAGCCUGAUUUGGGUUCCUCCUGUCCAGGUGAUACCCUGACUAUUCAAUCAGGAAAGUUCCCACCAGUACACUCCUCACCACAUGAGGGUCAGGCACAGGGACAGGGAAGGACACAGUUGAAAGAGAUGACGUAGUCUAUAGAUCUGUGUCUAUUCAUAGUCUCAGAAAGGCUUCUGGAGAAGGCCUUUAUGUUGGAGGCAGAGCCUUUACUCUAUUUGCUGAGAAACACAGCUGGAAUGAUGGACUCCUGGGGAUCUGUUAGGUGAUUUAUCUGCCAUAUGUAAUGUCUGCAACAAGAGAAAUGACAGCUCCUGCAGCCGUGGUACUGAUAUGAGCAGUGCCACAUGCAUCUCCUUUCUGAUGGUAUAUAACAAUAUACUAGGUUCAUAAUCAUUUAUGAGUAUGAAUCUGGCAGUAAUGCAAUUUCAUAACAUUUGCUGGACAGUCACAAAUCUCGGAAAUAGCAGUGUUUUCUCACCAGACUGAGGGAUAGAGACUGGUAUCUGUCUGUGAGAGGGAUCUGUCCCAGCACCAUGGACAGAGAGCAGCCGCCCAUGCCCUGGUACCUCCAAAACUUCCCCAAAUACCAAAGUCAGUUCUUAGUCUGGUUUGCACUGUGUAGCUGACUUAUGCCUGCUCCCGGUUGUGAGAAUAGGCUUGUUCUUCCUUGCAGAACCAAGGAAUACACUGUGUGACCUUGUUUGGUGCAUAUGAAGAGCGAAAAACUGAGCAAAGGUCUCCUCCGUGGAGUUUUCUGCAGGGAGCUCAAAUUCCUUCCUUGGCUGCCAGCUGGGAAUCUGUGUUUAUUGAUAUCCAUGUAAGAAGUGGAAUAAGCCAAUAAUGGGGUUUGGUGACAUUUUCCAUAGAAAAAUGUAUAUUUGGAUCUCCAAAAAGAAAGAAAGGUCUGUUUUCAGAAGAAGAAAAAAAAUAAAUUAGUCAGGAUGUUUCACUUCAACUUCUUAAAGCGCAGUGUUUGAUUACUCAAUUCCAUAUGGUGUUUGACUACUAAACUGAAAUCAAUGCCAUGUGAAAAUGAUACUAAGAAAGCUCACAAACAAAGUGUAAAUGUUAUAGAAAAUACUUAAACGGCUGCCCAAAAUGAAUGUGCUUUGUUUCUUUUUCUCUUUCUUUUUCCACCCCUACCUUAUUAUGAGCUCUCACUAUUGUAACUGCUGCACUGUUCAGUGGACUGCCAGCAAGACCUACACAGAAGCAAGAUUAUUAGCUUUUUAUCAACACAGCUACUGAGACAGAGGGGUCAGGUACUUACAAAAGGUAGUUUGUGUACAUCAAUUGCAAUCCCUUCAGUGGCUUAAUUCACUGAACACAAAUCUACAGUAUGUUUUAUUUUCUCUUCAACUGUCAAUUCUGACUGUCAAAACAUUUCAGAAUUCAAGCAUUUUUUGCCUCUUCAGAAGUAUUGCUUUGUUUCUUGUUGUUCCAUUAAACUUACAACAGGCUUUAACUAAGAUCUUUAUUUUCCAACCAAAUAGAAAAAAUAUAAAUUAUAUUCUUUUUAAGAGGUGUGUUUCCAUUAAGCCAAAGCUAUAAAAGGAUUUUUCAGCCAUUUAUGAAAGCACUGAAGCUCUGGUCCCUUGAGAUUUCUUGAAGACAAACUUUCUAGUUAAGCAUUUGCUUCAGCUAUCAGAGGACCAAAUUUUAGCUCAGAAAAACUGAAACAAACAUGUAUUGAUUGUUUUGUUGCAAUGACAUGUGAACA